GGCUUCGUAUCAUCAAUAAUUUAACGUUGGACAUUGAAUUUUCCAUCCGGGACUUUGGUAAUGGCGGGAAAAUGUAGUGUUCGUUUAAGAGAAAAACUCACUCCCUGUGAUAGGGUUUCAAAAUUGGGUAAGAUCGAAAGGAAAAAUUAAAAAUUAAAAAUCGCCGGGCAGAGGAGCGCGACAAGAUCAGGAAGAAUAUGAAGAGGCGGACAAGAAUCGGAGGCGACGGCGGUUAUCAAGGAUUGGAAGAGAACACGUUGGCGCUUCUCGACACCUCCGGUUUCAAUACUUCCAAAGUUUCUCACCAUCUCGACGACGAUCGGCUUGCUUUCCUUGAAGCUGUGCGAACUACUUCUCUUCUACCCGAUAAUGGAAUUGCACCUACUCGGAAAAUGCUUGAGGCCAUUUUUCAUAUCAUGAUUGAUGCGGAUUCACUUGAUUUGAUAGUUCAAAGUUACCAGCUUCUUAUUGAAUCAGAUAAGCGAUUUCCUCGAUUGUACCUAUCCGAAGGAGAACAAUCAGAUUCAUCCUCACCUAAAGUCUCCCAAUUCAUUAUGGUUGAAGAGGCUUGGUCGCCUUUCAAUUUUAGGAUGGAUGGUUACGACAAGAAGGGGGAUGCUACAGAUCAUUCAAGAAAUUUAGUGGACUCCUCGGGUUUCCACACUCUUAUACAAGAAAUAGCUGAUGUAUCUGAGGAAGUGAAGUCUGGAGCAGUAGAAAUAGGGUUCAUGAAGAAAAUGUUAUUGCUUCAAUAUCUUGUCACUGUCCUUGAAGGGGAUUUUGGGCCUCGUAAUUGUGCUUAUCAAGAAAAUAUGGACUGGACCAUUUUGAGGGAGUCAUUGCUGAGCAUGCUUCUGGGCUCAAGAAAGAUAAUAUACAAAGGAUUAAUCAAGGAUUCUUUGUCUAUCAUGUGCAACAUGUCUCAAUCUACUGUAUCUUCUGAAGAAAAUAGCUACAAUGAUAAACCUCAAGGGGAGGUAUUGCAUGAAGUCGAUAGGGCCAUGGCGUUAGCUUUACCUGAAGUAGAAAAGUCUACUUGCACUGUCCUGAAGAAUUUUUUCAUAAUGAUCAUGGAGCUAGAUUCUUCAAGGAGGACAGCUGAUCAGCAGGGCCUUACAACCAGGGUUGAUGGUGUAAGGACACCAGUAGUGGAGAUAAUUUUGGAUGAACUCAUGAAUGAUACUGAUGUCCUUUCUUCAUUCCUUAAGGUGUUUGACCCGAAAUGGAGGCUUGAGAUUAUUGUACAGUAUUUUCAAAAGUACAUUGCAAAGCGUUCCGUUCAAACCAGGAGUUUAAAUGGUACAGUCAAUACUGAGAACUUUGAUGGAGUUUUAAAGUAUCUGUCCAACAGCAAGAGCACCAGAAGUAUCAUUAAAAGAAUCACAACAGAAGCUAUUCAGAUGCUGCUCGCCUAUGCUUUCCAGGCACAUGUGAUGCUAUUAUACAAUGAAUCUGAAGGCUUCUCUGAUAUGGUGGAAGAUGUCAAAAGCGAUUCUGUUGUGGAAGUUUGCAAAGACAUUAUUUCUGCUUUUACAUGUCUCAAGCAAGAAGAUCCGAACAGUGAGAUCUUAUGCUGUGGCAAGCAAGCACUGAUUACAGCUGCUGCCAUCAUCUCAGUUAAAUCAUAGGAUUGUUGGUUAUUACGAUAGGAUAUGGUUGCAGAAGCUCUGUUUUAGUAUCGUCACAACCCUUUGCAGCAGUUGAAGGAAGUUAAUUAUUUGUUGAUGGUCAAAACUUUGACCACAAUAUUUCUGUUUCCCUAGCGUAAGUUAUGUAUGUAGAAGAACCAUCAUUUUGAUUUUGCUGCUGUGCUAUAAAUAUGAUUGAAUUGAAGCUGUUGCCCAAUGCAACCAAGUCAAGAAUUACUACUAUCACCCAAGCUUAAAAGAAACUGAUGUUAAAAGCA